UCCUUGCCUGGCAACAGACACUGAUUGUUUUCUACUUUUUCAGUUGCGUGCUGUUGUUUUCAUUUGCGAUGUUCCAGUUCUUUUUUCAACUCAUCUGAAUUAACAAAGUACUUCGCUUUAAAUUUCGAAACCUCCUACGCAACCACUAGUGUGCUUGGUUUUAUGCACGAAUGGAUAAGAUAAUUUUCAAGCAUUUGGCAGGCAGUGACGAUAAAAAAUAGUAUAAAGAGUUUUUCUUAAAUUGACAAUUCUUUUGUCCGUCUCCCCAUCUGUUGAAUUGGUGUAUGUUCUGCAACUUCGUAAUUAUUUCGGAAAACUUGGUUUAAUGAACCUCGUAUUUAGCUUCACUUAUUUAAUUGUAUAGAUGAAUAUUAAAACUGUCGAAAUGCAACAUUCACCUUGGCCUCUAAGAAGAGGAACUUCACCCAUUGAUUGGUGUGAAGGGAAUUAUUUAUUUUCACCAGUUAUAGCAGAAUUUGUUAAUACUUUUAGUAACAUUUUGUUCUUCAUUUAUCCACCUCUACUGACUACUCUGUUCAGGGAAUAUGCUCAAUGUGUGAAUCGAGGUGUUUAUCUGAUCUGGGGUUUGCUUUUAACAGUUGGUUUAACAUCAGCGUAUUUCCAUGCAACUCUUAGUCUUGUUGGGCAGUUGUUGGAUGAAGUUGCUAUACUUUGGUUGUUAAUGGCAGCCUUUGCUAUGUGGCUUCCAAGACGUUACUUCUCAUAUGGCUUCAAGGAAAGGAAAAAUUUCCAGCUUUCUGUGUUUAUAUUAUCUUGCGCUGCGACUCUGAUGGUAUGCAUUCACCCACCUUUAAAUGCUUUUGCUUUGAUGGGUUUGGGAAUACCAGCUACUGCUCUAUUAAUUCUUGAGAUUCGAAGGUGCAAAAAUAUGAGGGUUGUUAAGCUUGGAUACCGAUGUGCAUGGGUUUGGAUGGCUGCUUUAAUGUGUUGGAUCAAUGAUCGUCUGUUUUGUGAAAUUUGGUCCAAAUUGAAUUUUCCAUAUCUCCAUGGUGCAUGGCAUAUUUUGAUUGCAAUUGUUGCUUAUAGUGCUUGUGUUUUAUUUGCUUAUUUUGAUGCAAUGGAUACUGUUCCUGAACAAUUACCAACAAUUAGAUUUUGGCCUUCAGACAGGUUCGAAUUGGGUGUUCCCUAUAUUGUUCUCCGAAAUGGCCGAAAGGAUUUCCAGAAGAUCUGAAUGUAUCGGUAGUCUUCCAAACUGCAGUAUCGUUAUUUUGUAAAGCUUACUUCCAGGCUUUUGAAAAAUGCAACUUUGUAUAGUAUUUAUAACCACUCUAUUUUUUAGAUCACAUUAUGUAUUUUUGCUUAGUAAAAUUUUAAUCCUAGUUAUCAUCUGGAAUGGUACUUCUCUGAUGCAGCUGACUGGUGCAGCAUUGUUUUAACUUUUUGUAAUAAAAAUGUUUUGCUUCA